CCAGGCGCAGCCCCUCGGACUCGGAUCUGACCUGCCGGGAGCAGUGUCACCCGGGCGGCGCUGCGAAGCCCCCCACACCCAGCACGGCGCCCCCUCCCCGGGCCUCUCCCUGCUCGCCCGCGAGUCCCCUCGCCUCGCGAGCCUCGGAUCUGGUAUCGUGGGGUGAGGUGAGAGCAGGCCCGGGGAGGGUGGUUACCGCUGAGGAGCCUCAGUCGCGAGCAAGAUGAUAGAGGUACUGACAACAACUGACUCUCAGAAACUGCUACACCAGCUGAAUACCCUGUUGGAACAGGAGUCGAGAUGUCAGCCAAAGGUCUCUGGCUUGAGACUAAUUGAGUCUGUACAUGAUAAUGGCCUCCGAAUGACAGCAAGGCUAAGGGACUUUGAAGUAAAAGAUCUUCUUAGUCUAACUCAGUUCUUUGGCUUCGACACUGAGACAUUUUCUCUAGCUGUGAAUUUACUGGACAGAUUCCUGUCCAAAAUGAAGGUACAGCCCAAGCACCUUGGGUGUGUUGGGCUGAGCUGCUUCUAUUUGGCUGUAAAGUCUAUAGAAGAGGAAAGGAAUGUCCCACUGGCAGCUGACUUGAUCCGGAUAAGCCAGUAUAGAUUCACAGUUUCAGACCUGAUGAGAAUGGAAAAGAUUGUAUUGGAGAAGGUGUGCUGGAAAAUUAAAGCUACUACUCCCUUUCAGUUUCUGCAACUCUACUAUUCACUCAUUCAAGAGAAUUUGCCAUUUGAAAGGAGAAAUAACCUUAAUUUUGAAAGACUAGAAGCUCAGCUGAAGGCAUGCCACUGCAGGAUCAUAUUUUCUAAAGCAAAGCCUUCUGUGUUGGCGUUGUCCAUCAUUGCACUGGAGAUCCAAGCACAGAAGCGAGUGGAGUUGACAGAAGAAGUAGAAUGUCUUCAGAAACAUUCCAAGAUAAAUGGCAGAGAUCUAACCUUCUGGCAAGAGCUCGUUUCCAAGUGUUUAACUGAAUAUUCAUCAAACAAGUGUUCCAAACCCAAUGUUCAGAAGUUGAAGUGGAUUGUUUCUGGGCGUACUGCACGGCAACUGAAGCAUAGUUUCUACAGAAUAACCCACCUUCCAACUAUUCCUGAAUUGGGUCCUUAAUUGGAUUAUUCCAGCAACCAAAACACUUUUCUGAAGCCUUUCUCCAAAAUCCUGAGCUGUGGAUUCAUCAUAUUAUAAUGGAUUUAAGCUGUGAAGCCUCUAAACAUCACAACUAGAUUAGCAUUGAUGUUCUCAGAUUUGGGAAAACUGUCUAACAUUAUGCAGUACUGGAAUUACUCCUAAUCCAGGAGGCAUAUAAAUCAAAGCUAAGAGCAUAAAUGUGAAAAUGGUGAUAUGCCUGGGUAGGUAAACUGUGAAUGUUCAUUUGUAAUAUUGAUGCAACUUUCUAUAGUGGGUCAAUAUAUUGUAGUUAGGUGGUAUUAAAGAUGGUAACCUUCUUAAUUUAAAUUUUAAAUUAUGAGGUUACAUCCAAGCCAACAUUUCACAAAUGCACUUUUAAGGUCACUAUUCUAGGCAGCGUAAAUGGUUUCUUGGCACUCAUACUUUAAGUAAUAUAUAAUCCAGAGAUGUGGAACUACAUGAAUUACAUUAAGCUUGAGGACAUUUUAUAUAGGGCAAACUACAGACCUAGUAAUUUUGGCAUAUUAAGUUGUAUUUAGUAUUUUUUUCUAGAAACAGGGAUGUUUGUAUCCAAAAUAGAAAAUUUUAUAUAAAAUCUGCCUCAAUCUAAUCCAGUUAAGAAUAUUAGUUUUUAUUGUAUUAGUAACUCAGAAUAAAUCAACUUCUGAAAACAUGAUUUAACACUCCAGAACUUUUUCCUAAGCAUUGUUUUUAUAAAACCACCACUGCUCCUAAUUAGAAUUUUAAAUCAAAAACAGAUGAGAAUGUAUUUUCACUAAUUACCCCUACUUUUCUAAAAGAAAGUCAAGAAAAGGAAGUAGGCAUCUUCAUAAUGAUGAGAUUGCUGAGGUAGUGUCCUGUCAAGUCAGUGAAUGUAAGAGGAUUAGCAGUGUUAAAGGUGUUUAAGCGAUUACUACUCAUUGCAGCAGGCAACUGAUUUUGCCAUCAUGUUAUUGUUAAACAUGUACUCAAAAAGAAACCAAAGAACCAGAGUAUAUAUUACACUUUUGUAAACCAUGUUUUGUGGGUAACUUCAGUUUUCCCAAAAGGUUAAUAUUUCAAUAUUUUUAAUACAUCAGUGUUAAUUUUGAGUUGACAGAGGUAAUCUAAUCAGCUACCAUUAUGAUUUGGUACUAAGGGAUAUACCUUUCAAUAAAGUCAUUGAAAUGCAUUCCUUCGCUGGCUGGUUUUCC